ACAUGAUAUGUCAUUUCUUUUAAAAUCGAGUGCACGCCAUUUUAGUCGUGUUUCGUGUUUUUCGUGCAAGAAAAUUGCAUUAGAAAGGAAACUACAACAAAUAUACAAUGGGUCAUGCUAAUAUCUGGUAUUCUCACCCCCGAAAAUAUGGCCAAGGAUCUAGGUCAUGCCGCGCCUGUUCCAAUAAACAUGGCCUUAUCCGCAAGUAUGGAUUGAACAUUUGCCGACAGUGUUUCAGGGAGUACGCACACGACAUCGGAUUCAAGAAGCUGGACUAAAUGUAUGGAAAUAGGUAUAAAUAAAUCUUAACAUCCAUAA